UUUAAACAAUCAGCUUACAAUAAAAAAUACAAAUAACCAUAAUCUGUGGAUUAGUUCAAAUGUCUCAAAACGUCAUUUGUUGUCGCCCAAAUGUCAAAAUAAUUAAGAUAAACUUUUAAUUGGAAAUUGAGCUAAAAUGAACGUAAUUUCGGCUGUUAAAGCCUACGUCCUAAAAAUGACGGAGGAAAGUGAGCCGGGAAUGAAAGUUCUGUUAAUGGACAAGGAAACGACCAGCGUGAUAAGCAUGGUUUACGGGCAGUCAGAAAUACAACAGAAGGAGGUGUUUUUACUUGAACGGAUAGACUCACCGAAUUACACAAACUCCACGGGCCUCAGAUACCUGAAGUGUUUGGUAUUUUUGAGGCCGACGCCGCAAAAUAUCGAGGCUUUGUGCAACGAACUCAGAAGGCCCAAGUAUGGGGCAUAUUACAUUUACUUCAGUAACAUUAUUGCUAAGGCAGAUAUAAAAACGUUAGCGGAACACGAUGAACAAGAGGUUGUUAAGGAAGUGCAGGAGUUUUACAUGGAUUAUUUGGCUGUGAAUCCCCAUUUGUUUUCAGUGGGGAUACCUGUUUGUAUCAGUGAUUUGACUUGGAUUCCCACUGCACUUCAGCGAUCUGUACAGGCUAUUGUGUCUGUUUUGUUAUCAUUGAAAAAAGCUCCAGCCAUAAGGUAUCAGGCUAAUUCAAAUUUGUGCAAAGAAUUGGGCACUAGAGUGGAGGAUGUGAUGAAUAAGGAAUCAUCAUUAUUUGCUUUUGGCCAAAGCAGCCAACCCUUACUGUUAAUUUUAGACAGAAGGGAUGACCCUAUUACACCAUUGUUGAACCAAUGGACAUACCAAGCAAUGGUUCAUGAGUUGUUAACAAUUAACAAUAACAGAGUGAACUUGUCUAAUGUGUCUGGUGUGUCCAAGGAUUUAUCUGAAGUGGUCUUAUCAGCAGAACAGGAUGUGUUUUAUGCUAAAAACAUAUUUAUGAACUAUGGGGAAAUUGGACAGAAUAUUAAACAGCUCAUGGACCAGUUUCAAGCGAAGGCUAAAAGUCACCAAAAAAUAGAAAGUAUAGCUGACAUGAAAAACUUUGUUGAAGCCUAUCCACAGUUUAAAAAGUUGUCUGGCAAUGUUACAAAACAUGUUACUGUUGUUGGUGAGUUGAGUUCUAUGGUUAACAAGUACAAUUUGUUGGAUGUUUCUGAAAUAGAACAGGAAAUAUCAUCACAAAAUGAUCACUCAUCACAUUUGCAAAGCAUUAAAAAGUUACUUCACAAUGACAAAAUCAGAAACACAGAUGCAGCCAAACUUGUUAUGUUGUAUGCAUUGAGGUACCAAAAUCACAGCAGCAAUGACCUGACUGGUUUAAUAGAGUUAUUAAAGAAGAAACAUGUAUCUGAAAAGUUGAUAAGGAACAUAAUCAGUUUGGUGGAAUAUGCAGGUUCACAUGCUAGGCAAAGUGAUUUGUUCAAUGUUGAAAAUGCUGUAAAAAUAACAAAGAGGUUCUUUAAAGGUUUAAGUGGAGUGGACAAUGUUUAUACACAACACAAGCCUUUGUUACAUGAUACUUUAGAGGAACUAGUCAAAGGGAGGCUAAGGGAAAACCUGUUUCCUUAUGUGGGAAGUCAAUCCAGUGCUAAACCACAAGACAUAAUAGUAUUUAUUAUUGGGGGCACAACCUAUGAAGAAUCCUUAACAGUACAUUCCUUUAAUAAGAGUUAUCCAAGCUUCAAUAUUAUUUUGGGCGGCACAACAAUCCACAAUUCCACGAGUUUUCUGGAAGAGGUUGAACAUGCCAUGCGAAAUAAGCCUAGGCGAUACACACGGAACAUUCAUAACGUUCGGUUAGAAUAAAUGUGAUCAUUCCUGUAUUUUAAUUAAGCUUAAAAAUCUAUUUAUCUAUUUAUUUAUGUGUAAUAUAAUUAAUAAGUGUAAUAUACUUGAGAAUAUUCCAA